UCAGAACGCCAAUGAUUUCAAUUUCGAAUUGGCUUCAAAAAAAGUUUCCUUCCCUUCUUUCUAUUUAAACAAACCCACCAUUCAACCAAUUCUCAAACACAACCAAUGGAUACCAUCCACCACACCACCGUUCAAACCAACGGCAUAAAACUCCACGUCGCCGCCGCCGGCCCUGUAACCGGCCCACCCGUGCUCCUCCUGCACGGCUUCCCGGAGCUCUGGUACUCCUGGCGCCACCAGAUCGUUUUCCUCUCCUCUGCUGGGUACCGCGUUAUUGCCCCGGACCUCCACGGCUACGGUGACUCCGACGCGCCGUCGUCGUCCGACUCGUACACCGCCCUCCACAUCGUGGGGGACCUGGUGGGACUGCUGGAUGAGCUGGGGAUUGAGAAGGUGUUAUUGGUAGGCCAUGAUUGGGGAGCCUUGAUUGCUUGGUACUUCUGCUUGUUUAGGCCCGAUAAGAUCAAGGCAUCAGUGAUUUUGAGUGUCCAGUUUUUUCCUAGGAACCCAAAAACGCCAUUUAUUGAAGGCUUCAAAGCUGUUCUUGGAGACCAAUUCUACAUGGUCAGAUUUCAGGAACCAGGGAAGGCAGAGGAAGAGUUUGCGACGGUGGAUAUAAGAGAGUUUUUCAAGAACACAUUGUCAAAUCGGGACCCACGUGCUCCAUAUUUGCCUGGUGAGGUCAAAUUUGAAGGUGUUCCACCGCCGCCGCUAGCACCGUGGCUCACUCCCGAAGAUAUCGACUUUUAUGCCCAAAAGUUCUCCCACACCGGCUUCACCGGCAGCCUCAAUUACUACCGGGCUUUUGACCGGACUUGGGAGCUGACAGCGCCAUGGACAGGAGCACAAAUAGAGGUACCAGUAAAGUUCAUAGUGGGGGAUUUGGAUCUGACUUACCAUUUUCCAGGAGCUCAAAAGUACAUCCAUGGCGACGCCUUCAAAAAGGACGUGCCUGGUUUGGACGAAGUGAUUGUUAUGAAAGACGCUUCUCAUUUCAUCAACCAAGAAAGACCUCAUGAAAUCAACUGCCAUAUCCAUGAUUUCUUCAACAAAUUUUGUUGAUUCUGUUUCUGUUUCUUUUUCAAGUUCUAUGUUUUAAAUAUGCUAAUUUCUGUGGGAUUGAUUUGUGUCUCUCUUUCCCCUUUUCUUUUACAUUUGUGUAUCAAAUAAUAAGGAUUUUAAUAAGGAAAAAUAAAUAUGCUUAAGUUUGCUAUUUUAGAUAUUUGCCUUCA